CCCCUAAGCCACAUUUCAGGAGGUUGCUUCUGGUCAGGUUGUUUAGUAGUAAACAAACUUGCCUAAAAAUUAAAAAGUGAAGCUCUGCUAAAAAUAAAAUAAUGUUGAAUAAAGUAGCAGGGAAGAUAUUGAUCAAAGAAACCGAAUUGAAUCUCAAAAUGAUGCUUGCAGGUGGGCAGAGUUUUCGAUGGACAGAAUUGGUUCCAAACAGUUGGUCAGGUGUCAUCUGCAACUUGUUAUGGAUUUUGAAACAAUCGCCUGAUUCCUUGGAGUAUGAAGCCAUCGGACUCGAUGGGAGCGAUGAUGUCGAGAGAACGAUCAGAAAAUACCUACGGUUGGACGAAGACAUAAAGUCCCUCUACGCGCAUUGGUCCAAGCGGGAUUCGCAUUUUGAAAAAGUCUCUUCGAAAUUCCCAGGGAUCAGGCUCUUAUGCCAGGAUCCCGUUGAAAAUCUAUUCUCUUUUAUUUGCUCCUCGAAUAAUAAUAUAACAAGGAUUUCAUCCAUGGUCGAGAAACUGUGUUCACUCUAUGGAAAUGAGAUUUGCAUCUAUGAAGGUAAAACGUACUACGGGUUCCCACAAGUCAAGUCCUUAACCCAGCCAGGAGUCGAAGCAGAAUUGAGAAAAGCCGGGUUUGGCUACAGAGCAAAGUACAUCUACGAGUCUGCUAAACAGCUCGAUGCUCUCGGUGGUGAAAGGUUCUUAGAAGAUUUGAAAGCGAAAAGCUACACAGAGUCGAAAUUGGAACUUCUCAAGUUUACCGGCAUCGGUCCGAAAGUCGCCGACUGUAUAUGCCUCAUGUCACUCGGUCAUUUGGGAACAAUACCCGUCGACACGCACGUCUUUCAGAUAGCGAGGGAACAUUACAUGCCGAGCCUCAAGUUGACUAAGAACGUUAACGACAAAAUUUACAAAAUGGUUGGAGACCUAUUUAAGGAAAUUUACGGUGAAUCAGCCGGUUGGGCACACCUCGUCCUAUUUUGUUCUGAUCUCAGGGAAAAUAGAGUCAAGGAAGGGACUAAACGUAAAAAGGAAAUGCCACAAAAUAAAAAUAAAAAUAGAAAGAAGGCAAAAUAAUAAU